UGUAAAACAAGUCUAAAAUAAUAAAGGCCAUGACCAUAAUAAACUGAUUAUGACAUAAAAUGAAAAACCAAGCCACAACUCAGAAAUUGUCACCGCAUGCUUCAGAUUUUAAUUUGCAUUAUUUCAAUGUAAACUUUUUCAAAUAAGAAAAAAAAAAAGAAUGGAAAGAAUUGGAUGAAUUGGCAGAAGUAACUCUACAGACACAAGGACCCAGCAUCCUAGCUGCUCCAGUUGCAGUUUAUAAGCCAGGGGAUUCCUAAACAGGACACAGGGGCAGAUUUCUGGCUGAGACAAAUCAUCAUGGAGACACUCAGGUCUAGAAAAGCUGCCUUGAUUUUGUUGUUUUUUGCUUUUGUUCAAUCCAACGCAAUAAUGCCAAAACCUGGUAACUGUCCGAGCACUUUUGAUUUGUUUAUGGCAUCGCCACAAUGUAAUUAUGACAGAGACUGCCCAGGAGAUCAGAAAUGUUGCAGGUUUUUCUUCAGAUCUGUUUGCACCCCUCCAGUUCCAACAUUACCAGGCUGUCCAAUGCCUCCAGGCUCCACCGAGUCCAAGGGGUAUAGGGGAUUGUCUUGAGCUGUGUUCAAGAGACUCGGAUUGUCCUGGUGACGAUCAGAUAUGCUGCUUUAAUGGAUGUGGACACGUGUGCAUGACUCAGACAAUAGUGAAGCCAGGAAAAUGUCCUGACGACUUCUUCGUCCAUCGUUGUCGCUCAUACUGUGGAAAUGAUGGUGAUUGCCGUGGUGAGAUGAAGUGUUGCUAUUCAAUGUGUGGCAGUGAAUGCAAAUACCCCGAGUGGCGAGGGGAGAACACAGAGAAAAAUAAAAUGAUUACUGGAGACAACAGUGGGGUUACUAAAACAGAGUCUCUAAGAAAUCACAGUCAGCUCUAUCACUGUGUCUCCUCUGUCACUGUGUCCCCUGAAUCAUUGAGACUGCAGGAACUGAGGCCUGCAGCAGGAGGUCACCUGGUGGAGAGCAGAAACCUCUGGGUCCGUAACACUGGGUUUUGUGUUGUUUUGUCAUCUAACUCCAUCAUGCCCAAAUCUGGUAACUGUCCCAAAGAUGUGCCUAUCAUGAGGCCACUGAUACCACUACUACCUUGCGACUUUGACAAUGACUGUCCUGAAUAUGAAAAAUGCUGUUUGUUUAACCGUCAACGUACCUGUGUGUCUCCUGUUCCAACAACACCACGGUGUCCAGUCAUUCCAGGAGUAAUGCCCAUUUGUGGUGAAAUGUGCUCUUCUGACAGUGAUUGUCCAUUUGGUGAAAAAUGCUGCGACAACGGAUGUGGACACAUUUGCUUGUCACAUGAACUGGUGAAACCAGGAAGCUGUCCCAUUGUUCUGUUUUCCCUCCGUUGUUUUGAUCACUGCCGAGGUGACAGCAGCUGUUCCAAUGAGCUGAAGUGUUGUCCUACAAUCUGUGGCUUUAAAUGUGUGGAGCCUAUUUUUUGAUCUGCACCGGAAAUCCCAAUGUCCCCCUCCCUAAAUUUGUCUAAUCAGAUAUACAAAAUAAAAGUGUUAUACUAUAA